AUGUUUGCCAGACCAUUAGUGAGAGCUACGAGUCCACUCACAAAGAACUUAAGACUUCGGCCUAGGUUCGUUCGGCCAAAUUCUAGCUCUUCAGCUGCUCUUGACAGCUUCGUAACACCUUCCAAGAUCAUCAAUGCUCAAGGAAAUAUGGGCAUCAACAUCACUCAGCGGGCUGCCAAAAGACUUGCUGAGAUAUCUAAAGACACCAACGAAGCUCUUCGCGUUUGCGUAGAGAGCGGCGGUUGUCACGGCUUCCAGUACAACUUAAAACUCAUUACUAAAGACGAAAUAAAGUUGAACGCGUCUUCGAGUGAAACUCAACACUCAGAGACCGCUAACGCUGCCAAAAGUGACCAAAACUUCGAAGACGACGAUGAUGCGGAUUUCGAAUCAAAGCAGGACACGAUUUUCGAGCUGCCCGACAACGGAGGCCAGGUGGUGCUGGACGAGAAGUCCCUCAAAAUUCUCAACAACACCACUCUCACUUACACCACCGAGCUCAUAGGUUCGACCUUCAAGCUUGCAGGCGGAAACAUGAAAAACAGCUGCGGGUGUGGCAGUAGUUUCGACGUCGAGCUGUGA